UUAUUUUUCUAAAAAUGAAGCUAUCUAAAACGAAAGGAAUAAACUUACAGUUAUACCAUCAAAGAUGUGAAUGGCAGCAAAAACUCCACAGUUUGAGAAUUGUCAAAGGCGUGAACAUGAAAGAGAUCUCCUGAACAAAGAAAUUGUCAGACUAAAAUUGAUAGUAGAAAGAAUGAAAAUGAACAAUGAGGAGAUAGACAAGAAACACUUGCGGGACUUGGAAAUCAUCAAAGACGAGACUGAUGAUCUUCAAAAUGCUGUAAAGCUCAGUGAAGAAAGGUUAAUGAAAGUAACAGCCCAGUAUAGUGGCCAGCUCAACAUACUACGAGAGGAGAAUAAAGUGCUACAAGCCAAACUGAAGGAAGCGAAAGAAAACCAGGAAAAACUAGAAGCAGAACUUGAAUCCCACCGUCUCAGACUGGCAGAUGCUAACCAUGAGCGUCACCAAAGUCAGGUCUCCCAAAGAAACCUUGCCUUCAUUGUCCAGAGAACAAAAGAAGAAUGGUCUGGUACACUGGAGUAUAUGAACUCUCGUGCUGAAACCCUUUUCCAACAACUUUGUGAUGCAGAAGAGAAAUUCAGUUGCCUGCAAGCUGAGUUUUGUCACAUGAAAGAUGCUCUUCGAGAGAAGACUUUUGCUCUAGAAGGUGCACAGAGAGACCUGAUGGAAGCACAGUUUGAAAAACAGAACAUUCAACUUAAGUAUCAAAGUGAACAAAGAACAGUGAGUAUGUACAUUGUAAAGCAGGAGUCUUUAGAGCAGAGACUGUCCGGACUGCAGUGUAAAACUAUGUCACUUCAACAACAGCUGGAUGAUGUUCACAAGGAUUCUGCAGAUAAAGAGAAGGCAAAACACACCAGAGACAGCCCAUGUGCUGCAGUGGUGAAGGCUCUUGAAGUAGGGCAUGAAAAGUACAGUCUGCUUUUGGAAGAGAAAAACAAGAAGUUGCUUGAUGAAUGCAAUCACUUAAAAGAAAGGCAGUACCAAUAUAAAAAAGAGAAAGUGAAAAGAGAAGCAGUUUUGAGACAACUUCGCCAAGAACUGUGUGAUACCACGCAAAAACUAUCCAGAUCGGAGACGUUACUAGAAACUACAUCACGUUGUCACAUUCAUUUAGAAGAUGAGACCCAACAUUCAAUGAGAAAAAUAAGUCAGAUGACAAACCAA